CACCCAUCUACAACCCAGUACUCACCAAUCCUCCAAAUCGCUCUCAAUCCUACCCUGCUUCCGACAACAAACAAAUCACCACCAAACUAUCCAAAAUGCUCUCCAUCCAAACCCCCUCAACCUCCAACCCCCAAAAAUACACCCCCAACCUCCUCCCCGCACGCAUCCACCACGACGGCCCCAUAAACGAUCCACAGCGGUACUGGACGCCUGAGAAGGAUGAAGACGGGACCCUACACGCCUACUUUCGCGGCCGCCACCUGCACGGCACAUCCCUCGCACUACCCGCAAACUACACCGGCGCGGUAUUGAAUAUCACUGAUAAACAACUACCUCCCGAGCCGCAACGCUCACACCGUGAACAGAGUAGAGACGCAGGGGAAGAAGAAGACGAUGAGGAGGAGGAGGAAAUUGAAGAGGUGGACGUUAGGAUAGCGGAGCGGAUAGGCGAGUUCGAAGAGGUGGUUGUGUGGGGCCAUGGAGGGAGGGUGGAUGAGGGGGAGGAUGUUUAUGUGAGGGGGGUGAGGGAGUGGAUUGGGUUUGCGGAGGCGGUGCAUGCGGAGGAGGACGAAGAGGGAGAGGAAGUGGGGAGGAGGGAAGGGAAGGGGGAGUGAAUGGAGGUUGUGGGAGUCUACCCGUGGACAGAUGGGAGAGGAGGAGAAGGGACCCUAAGAAGGGAGUGUAUAUGAUACCCAGCACUGCCUUCGCAUACAAAACCGCACGCGUAAUCGAGCGCAAACACCUAUUUAACAACAAAGCUCGCGCACGUUAUCUCAAGGCCCGCAUCUCAUACGCUUCAUUCUCGCUUCCUAGCACCUCCCACGCAAGAAAGCGGACGGCAUGCAUAUAGGGCCUUCAUAUAUAUCCAGGAUUCAGAGUAGGCGAGGCGAAGGAUGUUAACUUGGAUGAGGAGAGCGGGCUGUUGGUUGUCAAAAAAGCAAGGCUCUGGGAGUUCCCUAGUGUAGUUUGCAUGUAUUGUCGAUGGAUAUAUAUAUUUACGUAGGUAUUGUAGG